AUGCAGCACAGACUCGGAAGAAACGCCAGAGCCUUCCUCAAGAUGCUGGUGAUCCUGCUGACCGCAGCGCUGCUCACCCUGAGCUCUGCUCAGCGCUUCAAUGAAGAACAUAAGACUUCAUAUCAGAGCCCUCAUCACAGAUCACCUGUUGCAGGUUUCCCCCAAGGACCUCCUCCCAACCAAGGUUACCGUCCUCAGCAAGGCCCACUCCAGCAAGGAGGCCAGCAACAGAACCGACCCCCUCAGCCUGGAAACCAACAAGGCCCACCACCACAGGGAGGCCAACAGCCUAACAGACCCCCUCAGCCUGGAAACCAGCAAGGCCCACCACCACAGGGAGGCCAGCCCAACAGACCCCCUCAGCCUGGAAACCAGCAAGGCCCACCACCACAGGGAGGCCAGGGACCUAAUAGACCCCCUCAGCCUGGAAACCAGCAAGGCCCACCACCACAGGGAGGCCAGCCCAACAGACGCCCUCAGCCUGGAAACCAGCAAGGCCCACCACCACAGGGAGGACAGCCUAACAGACCCCCUCAGCCUGGAAACCAGCACGGCCCACCACCACAGGGAGGACAGCCCAACAGACCCCCUCAGCCUGGAAACCAGCAAGGACCACCACCACAGGGAGGCCAGCCCAACAGACGCCCUCAGCCUGGAAACCAGCAAGGCCCACCACCACAGGGAGGACAGCCUAACAGACCCCCUCAGCCUGGAAACCAGCAAGGCCCACCACCACAGGGAGGACAGCCCAACAGACCCCCUCAGCCUGGAAACCAGCAAGGACCACCACCACAGGGAGGCCAGCCCAACAGACGCCCUCAGCCUGGAAACCAGCAAGGCCCACCACCACAGGGAGGCCAGCCCAACAGACGCCCUCAGCCUGGAAACCAGCAAGGCCCACCACCACAGGGAGGACAGCCCAACAGACCCCCUCAGCCUGGAAACCAGCAAGGCCCACCACCACAGGGAGGACAGCCCAACAGACGCCCUCAGCCUGGAAACCAGCAAGGCCCACCACCACAGGGAGGACAGCCUAAUAGACCCCCUCAGCCUGGAAACCAGCAAGGCCCACCACCACAGGGAGGACAGCCCAACAGACCCCCUCAGCCUGGAAACCAGCAAGGCCCACCACUACAGGGAGGACAGCCUAACAGACCACCUCAGCCUGGAAACCAGCAAGGACCACCACCACCUUUUCAAGGAGGCAGACCACAGGGACCUUUCCAGGGCCAGCGCCCUUAA